AGCAUUUAAUGUGUAUUAUUAAUGUUGUUUUUUAACUAAGAGCUGUAUUCAGUGUAAAAACUGUGACUAAAUGGUCGACAUUAUUUUUUAACAAUGCAUUCACAAAAGGAGAAGUCCUUUGUUUCAUUAACGGGAAGCUCUCUUUGACAGUGUUUUGGAACUCUUUUGAAUGUCAUUAGCUUAUAAUCAUUAGCAUUUCGGUUCAGUUUCAUGUUUUCUAUAAGAAGCUAAAGUGAUAAGAAAAGUUCUGUUAGGUCUGUCUAGUUUCAAAAAGUAAAAGUACCCGGUCAGCAUCUUGUGAAUGCCUCCUUCAAUUAAAAGUCUCUUUUAAACUUUUGCUGGCUUGGCAGACUACCCUAUAGGCCUACAACACAAGGGCCUGAAACUAGAGACAUGUUUGAUUAUUAAUAAGGCCCGGAAAGCCUUGACAGACAUUACCAUUUCUAAAUCUGCCAAAACUCAGGUGCACUCUUUAUAGAAUAGCUUGAGUGUGCUUGCAAAGUAUAGGCCUUCAAAUUAAGAAGACUAACUUAUGCGUGGUUUGCAAUUUUCUGUUAUUCCACAGCUCUUCCUAGAAAUUGCCUAUCGUGUAAAAGGCCAGUAUUGAGUAUUUUCCAUAGACAUUUUGCCACAAGCGUAAUGGAUGAUGGUGGAUAUUUUUGACCUAGACACUUUCCCCCUAUUUGGUUUGGUCCAAGUGAGUAGGAGGAUAUCCGACACGAAAGAGCUGCUCAAUAGUAAUGACAGCGAUACGGCUAUAGAGUUACCCGUUGCUAUGACGCAAACCACAACCCAAACUCGCAACAGCUCAGACGAUUUGUUGUUGGCGAUAUGCUGAGGUCGUGACUUCAGCACCCUGGACAGUGAUCAUCUCAAAGCGAUCCGUCCGGUAUAGGCUUCCAGGGAGCUAGAUUCACACUACAGGCUACCCCAAACAGGAUGGAUGAAUUCACCGAGGGAACAAAGCGAUCUCCAUGUCUCGUCAGUGCUGUGUAGGAACUUCUAAUGAGAGGGAUGUUCAAAAAGGUGAAUAAUGUGUUUCGUCCCAACUAUCACGGGCACAGGGCUCAUGAGCACGGCCUUCGCAGCAGACAGGACUACCACAACGCUUGCACCGUGCGGUUGGUCCGCAGCACCUCCAUGCUGGUGAUCGGGGAGAAGACCCAGACGGCCCCGAACUCGACCUUAAAGAGGAGCAAGAGCUCCGUGAGCAUCGAGUCCACCACCGCAUUGUAUUACUACCAGAGGCAGGAGGAUCAAAUAUGGCUCUACUCGCAGAACCAGAACUGCUUGGAAUACUUGGAAGAACUCGUGGCUUUGAGACGGCAAUACACGAGGAGCGUCCACGACCUGACCAGCAGUGAAUUAAAGGCCUCGGUGUCGACCAAGAAGAGAGCGGCGCCGCCCCCGCCUCCCAAGCACGCGCAGAGAUCAAGUGUCAGACCCUCUGCUCCUCCGUUUCCGAACGAGGACGACACUUUGCAAUACUUCGAUGCGGUCAUCGACAGCUGCGACGCGGAUCGGGCGCGCAAACCGCCCGCCGACGACGGUAACGCGGACGUAGACUUUAUUGUGGCGUCAAGCUCCAAAGAGCACGACCUCCAUUCCAACUGGGUCAUGCGCGUGCCCAGAGUGGCAGAGGGGUCCCGAGAGAAAGCGGCUCCUCCCGCGCCUGGCCGUGGCAGCGCCUCCAAGAAGAAAAGCUCCAGCGGCUCCACAAGCAGUCGACUGCGGCUGCAGAGGAACCCGAUCCACCUGCCCAAGGUGGUUGAGAGCGCCUUCCAGACGUUACGCUUCAAGCCCAAUUUAAAGAAGCAGUAGGGCCAAGGAGUUGCUGCUACUUAUUCCCAUUGCCAUGAUUAUUUUGUAUCAUAAUGCCGUAGAACAUUGUUUGAACGGUUCCGACGACGUUUCAUGUUUUUGUAUUGAAUUAUGACGACAAAAAUAUACAGUAGCCAAUAUGCUGAACAAAACUGCUAAGCCUCGAUCAUGUAGGGUAGAUGAGCUCAACCAUUUGGUUACACUCACGUGAGAGGUAGGGCUUCAUGGGGAAGCAGUGCCUGUGUGUUAGACACCAUGAGAAGACGAAUAAAGUUACCUCUUACUCCUUGGUUCCUGUUUCAUUAAUGGCCUUGUGUGGCAGUGUCACUGUCAUACAGGUUCAAUGGAAUCCAGUCGACCGGGCUCAAUGGAGUUUAAACAGAUUACCUCCAAGAAACCAUAAUCCUGUCAACUGCCAGUCACAGAUAUAUUUUACAUGAUCCACCCAUCAUUUGCUUUAGUUUCAACUCAGACCGCAAACGGUAAAUCAAAACCUUCUCAAAGGAAUGAAAUCAAGUCCCAUUCUGAAACAACAGUGAUGCAUGAACACAACCCAGUGAACGCAACAAAAUAGAGAUAUAGAUUAUUUUAA